CGCGAUCGCUCUUCAAUUUCCGUCACUUGCUGCCCUCAUCUACCCCUUCCCCUACUCGUCUGCUCUUCGUUCACUGCAUCAAUGGACGCCCUUAUAGCAAAAGCAGAGGCCAUAAAGCCCUCUCAAAGGAAGCGAAAGCUCCAAAAUGACACAGGGGGCAAGCCCGCGAAGAAAGCCAAGGCCUCCGCCGAUCCCACCUCCCAAUCCAUCGCCCGAAGCACCAAGCUCCCCAAAUCCCUCGACCCCAGGUCUGAAGAACUACCUGCCGGGGUGAAGACGCACCAGCACAUUGCAAACAAGAAGCUACGCGCGGAGCUCGAUCGAACGGCGGCGAACAAUGCACGAUCGCGCGCACUGGCGGAGGACGCGGGGUUCUUGCUGACGGGGGAGGGCGGGCAGAUCGAGGUGGAGGACGCGAUGGAGAAGACGUGGAGGGUGGGGCAGAGCGAGAUUGUAGAGGGGGCGGGGCAGGAGGCGGCGAAAGGGAGGAGGGAGAUGAAGCUGGAUGGGGGGCCGUAUGUGUCGAGGUAUACGAGGAACGGGAGGCAUCUUGCGAUAGCGGGACGGACAGGCCAUGUUGCGUCUUUCGACUGGCAGACGGGCCAAUUGCACACGGAGCUGCAGUUGCGAGAGACAUGUCGAGAUAUAACCUACCUGCACGACCACUCGCACUUCGCCGUCGCGCAGAAGAAAUACGUCUACAUCUACGAUCGCGACGGUGUCGAGUUGCACUGCCUGAAGUCGCACGUCGAGCCGACGCGAUUAGAAUUCCUCCCUUUCCACUGGUUACUUGCGUCUGUCGGCAAUGCAGGGUACCUCAAGUACCAAGACACAUCGACAGGCCAGCUGGUUGUCGAGCAUCGCACGAAGCUUGGUGGCUGCCAGACCAUGACGCAGAACCUGCACAAUGCUGUGAUUCAUCUCGGCCACCAGAACGGCACCGUCACCCUCUGGACGCCCAACUUGCCCCACCCUGCCGUCCAGCUCCUCGCGCACCUUGGGCCUGUCGUGGGCUUGAGCGUCGAUCCGAACCAAGGCGGCCGUUAUAUGGCGACCGCUGGGAAGGACGGCACUGUCAAAGUUUGGGACUGCCGCAACUGGAAGGGGGCGGUGCGAGAAUGGGGCGCACGAGCCGGCGGCGGACCUGUCGAAUGGAGUGCCAAGGGCUCCCUCGCCGUUGCAUCCGGCGGCACUGUCAACGUUUACAACGCCCCCGCCAUCUACACACCCCUCCACACCCGGGCACCCCCGCCGCUCUUCCUCACCCACCCCGUCCCUCACCGACCGCUCCUCUCCCUGCGCUUCGCGCCCUACCAGGAUAUCCUCACCAUCGGGCACGCCGCGGGCCUCUCGAGCAUCCUUGUUCCGGGCUCCGGCGAGCCCAACUUCGACAGCGCGGAGGCGGAUCCGUUCGAGAACAAGAAGGCGCGCCGCGAGCGCGAGGUCAAGGGCCUGCUCGACAAGCUGCAGCCGGACAUGAUCACGCUGGAUCCCGAGUUCGUGGGGUCAUACGCGCCGGCGGGCAAAGGCGGCUCGGGGCCCACGCUCGACCACAGCGCGAGCUCGGUGCCGUUCGCGCGGCUGCCGCGCAUGGAGCGAUUGCGGCUGCAGGGGAAGGUGGACGAGACGGAGGUGCCGGGGAGCGACGAAGAGAGCGGCGGAGAGGAGGUGGACGAGGAGACACGGAAGCAGCGGCGGGAGGAGAAGGAGAAGAAGAAGAUGCGCGGAAAGGGGAAGAGUCUGAAGCGGUACUUGCGCAAGCAUCGGAAGAACGUCAUCGACCCGACUACGAUCGCAGUGCGCGCGAAGUUGGAGCGGGAGCGCGCAGAGGAAAAGAAGGCUGCUGCCAUCGCCCGUGGGGAGCUCGAGACCCAGAAGCCCUCCGCACUGGACCGCUUCAAGCGACCAGCGUAGACCUUCCUUUCCAUCGGGGCUCAGGUGCGAGCUCGGUGUACCCAGUGUAUCAUGUCGUAUAUACCUUUCGAACCUUCUUGAUUGGCCGCGCGUCACAAGUUCGGCCUAUCUUUCCCUAUGUGCGAUGGCUGAACAAUGCUGCCCCAGAUGACUGCAGCUCUACACCUUUCGAAAACGU